AUGCAGUUUUGUCUCGACAAACACGGCGAGUGGGUUGCCGUCUCCGCGAGCGACGACGAGAACAAAGAAGAGGAAGGAGGAGAAAAUGGCGGCUUCUUCGGGAGGAAGAACGAACAACACGUCAAGAAAAUCGCGAAGACGUUGGCCGAUUCAACGACUUGGUUAGAUAUGUUGAACGAUACGAAAAGAAACGCGAUGUUUCAACGAGCGAUUGAAAACAGCAUGGAGAAGAUAACGUCGGUAAAGAAGCGCAACGCGGCAAAUGGUGGUGUGGUUUUGCAUGUUUUUGACGUCGGCAGUGGCACCGGGUUGCUCUCUUUAUUCGCCGCGAGAGCGGCAACGGGAGUUACAGUUAGAAUUUACUCGUGUGAGAUGUUUUUACCAAUGUUUCUCGUAGGAGAGCGAGUCGUGAGAGAUAACGUGAGAGAAAAGAAAAUACCUGAAACGAGUUCGAUUCAGAUGUUUCAUACGAGGAGCGAAGACGUGGAUGCGAUAGCAAAGCACGAACUGGACGUUUUGAUAUCAGAACUCCUCGAUUCUGCGCUCCUCGGCGAAGGGUGGUUGAUGGUCUUGAAAGACGUGUUCUCGAGGGAGUUAUUGAGGAGAGAUCAUUUCAGUAUCGUUCCAAGUUCCGCUAAAAUAUGGGUUCAACUUUUACACGCGGAGGAGUCGGUGCUCGAUGUUGACGUGAAAAAAGGAAGAGCUGCUUUGUUCGGCGAAGCGAUAACGUCCGAUGGAUUUUCGCGAUUGGACGUACAAUGUCACUUUGACUCGCUCGAAAAGAGAGGGCGAAUAAGAGCAAUUUCAAAACACAUCCAAGUAUUCGAGAUUGAUUUCACGAACGAUAAGGAUUGGGGUCGGACAGAAGUAGUGCGCUGUUGUUGUUGUAGCAGCAGCAGUAGUAGUAGUAGUAGUUUUCGAUCGUUAGGUCUCGAGAUUAACGCCGUCGCAAUGUUUUGGGAAAUCGAUUUGGAGGGCUCGGGCGCCUUUAGAUUGAAUACUUUCCCCGCGCAAAGUUAUCGUAGACAUUGGCGCCAAGUAAUUGCGCCUCUAGAAUGCCCGAUUCCAUUAUCUGCGUCAGAAGAAAUACCGAUACAAGUAGAGGCAAGAAUAGCAGACGAUUGUUUGGCAUUCGAUGUGAAGGUUUCUGGUUGUGGGGAUAAGGAAAAGGAGAAGAAGAAGGAGAUGACGAUGAAAAAACAGAAGGAAACUUUGAUAGAAACAAAGCAAGAGACGUGCAGAGAGAAGAAGAUAUGGCUUCAUAUAGCUCUGGCAAAUAUAUCCGAGUUCUGGAGCUCGCGAGCGCCUUUAGGUGAUAACGUCUGCGGCUUAAAUUUGACAAAAGCAAACGUUCUCCUGUGUGCGAAGUCAGUGGAAAGUAAUAGCCCGGGAUAUUGCUAUCAAUCGUUCAAAUGUGAUUUGUUAGAUGAACUUGGUCAUCGAUAUUCCACGAUUGAGGAAGAGCAAACCAUAUUUCUGUGGAAAUCAUGCGAGCUAUUCGUUGAUGAUGCAGAUGAGAAGAAGAGAGAAGAAGAAGAAAAGGAAGAAGAAGGAGAAGAAGACAACAAGAAGAAGCUACGUAUUGACGUGGAUGCUGGGCUCGAGAUUACGGCGAAUCACGUGGUAUUUUUCUUCUCCGACAAAAGUCACGCCGACGAGUGGAAAACGCAACCUGUUCAAGUCGCGCGAAUGGAUCAAGAACUCAUUGGUAAUAAGUUUAGAAUAAUUGCUUCAAAUUUAGACGCCGACGAAGGAGAAUGCAUUCGAGUGUUGAGAAAGUAG